GGAGUGGACCCGCUGGAGGAAGCCAGCAGAUGGCGGCCGAGCAGCUAAAGGCGCUAACCGUCAUAAAACUUAAAAGAAGAAGUCACUCCGUCUUUCCUUUGAAAGAUUAAACUAGUGGGGAUCCAAGAUAUAACCUUGUGGAACUCCACACUUGAUUUCUGCCCACUCCUUUGAAAAGUUACCCACUGAAGUCUCUGUUCUUUAGUGGCUGAUGCUUCCCAGUGUCUCCCGCUGCACUCGGCCCAUCUGCCUUUCUGUAGCUCGGCCUCUGGCUCACUUAAGACCGCCCAUGGACCCGGACCCUAGCCGGCCCGUUGAAACAACCAUCAGAACCAAACUGACAGAAAAGUUCAAGCCCGACCACCUGGAGGUCCACAACGAAAGCCACAUGCACGCGGUUCCCCCCGGAUCCGAGUCCCACUUCCGAGUCCUGGUGGUCAGCUCGCAGUUUGUGGGUCUGCCGCUGAUUCAGCGCCACCGUCGGGUCAAUGAGGCGCUGAAGGAGGAACUGAGUAGCUGUGUUCAUGCGUUGGCCAUCCAGGCGAAGACCCCUGAGCAGUGGGGCGUGGACCCCGCCCUGGGCAAGAGCCCGUCCUGCAUGGGGGGUUCGAAAAACGACCGCACCGUCGAGGAGAAGCUGAAGGCCGGGCGGGAAUGAAGCGCUGGACUCUCACAGCCGGCGCUUUGGUUUUAUCUGCCAGUUUUAAGGUAAAAUGAUGGAAGAAUAAACCAUUACGGUGAUUUCCCUGAUGUUGGUGUGAAACUGAGUACAGAUCAGAAUAAUCAGGUUGGUUUUCUGUGCUUUUCUGCUGCUGAAUGUAAAUAAAAGUGAUUUCUGAGAUUCAUUUCCAUUUUGAAGGAGAUUUAUUUGCAUAAAUGUCGGCUUAUUAUGUUAGGAGGGAAAUUAUUAGCUAUUGGAUUUAUUUCUAGUUGAAGUCAAAACAAUGUUUAAUUCAGACAUUAUGCUGUUUGCAGUGAUGCUGAUUUCAAACCCAAAGCUUUUAUAUCAAUUAAAUAAUCCCUUUAGCUUUUUUUCUCAGUGUUUUAUGUUUGUCGCAUGUUAUUUUGUUAAAUGAAACCUUUAAGUCGGA